AUGGGAAACGCAAAUUCAGCAAUGCUGGACAACAUUGUCAAUGGCACCAACUUCGACCGCGAAGAGGUGGACCGACUACGCAAACGAUUCAUGAAGCUCGACAAGGACAACUCCGGCACGAUCGAGCGCGACGAAUUCCUCUCCCUCCCACAAGUCUCCUCCAACCCGCUGGCCACACGAAUGAUAGCAAUCUUCGACGAAGACGGUGGUGGCGACGUCGACUUCCAAGAGUUCGUGUCCGGCCUCAGCGCCUUCAGCUCGAAGGGAAAUAAAGAGGAGAAGCUGCGCUUUGCGUUCAAAGUCUACGAUAUCGAUCGUGACGGCUACAUCAGCAACGGCGAGCUCUUUAUUGUGCUGAAGAUGAUGGUGGGCAGCAAUUUGAAAGAUCAGCAGUUGCAGCAGAUUGUGGACAAGACGAUCAUGGAAGCGGAUCUGGACCAUGAUGGGAAGAUCAGCUUCGAGGAGUUCCAGAAGAUGGUGGAGAACACGGAUGUUUCGAUGAGCAUGACGCUGGAUCAAUUCUAGACGUUUGCUGGAGGUGAAGAUGGUCUAGGCCAUAUUUCGCUUCGCUUGCAGGAGUGAGGUAUGCGCUUGACUGCGCUCUGGAGAAGUUUGCUUUGGGACUGGAGUCUGGACUCCAUGUAAAGG